AUGCCUCACGCCACAGAGGGCUCGUUCCCAAAUGAUGACAUCUUUUCAAGGCUGAUUGAGCUUGCUAAAGAGAGACAUGGAAUCAUUGUGGAUGAUCCGACGAUUGGCGUGCAAGCUACGUAUCCCCAGCUUCUUACGGAUGUUGAGCAUAUGCGUUUGAAACUGGUGGAAGGUCUAGGAGAAGAAAAUGAGUCAGUGAAUUCGAUCAUCAGUCAGAACUACCGCGUUGGUUAUGUUGGACAUUCGAGUUAUGAGUAUGCCGUUGCUGCGUUCGCCAUCUUGGCUCUUGGGGGUGUAGUUGUUCCUCUCCCGUUGACAAUCGAGGAACAGAACUAUGGAAAGGUCAUGGAGAAAUGCGACCUAAAAUGUAUCUUAGCAGCUCGCAACUUUGAGCACCAAGCUGCUACUUUUCAGAGAUGCGUCGAGUCGAGUCCGAUUGACGUGCUUCCGAUCGUGUUUAACACGUCGCAAAGCUCCCCAGUCUCUUCAUACGGAAUUGAUGAAUUAUUGGAAAUCCCCUCCAGCCAGCCCGGCUGGGUCAACUGGACAUCUGGUUCGACAGGCGUGCCCAAGGGAGCAAUUCAUGACCGCCGUCUCUUCACCAACUCACCGAAGCAGUUCGACGAAGCGACCAUUUCCCAUCGUCCAGCCUUUUACAUUGCCGGGACAUGGGCCAUGAUUCUAUCUCUUUUUAUCGGGCGACAUGUCUCCGUUGCUCCAAUGAAUGCCGGCCCCGACAUCCUCUGGGAGCGAAUUCGUCAGGGGGGCGUGACAACUGUCACAGCAACAGUUGCCUUCUAUGAUGCUCUUGCUAGGCAUUUCCGCAGUCAUCUAUAUAGCUCACCAGCGAGGGACGAGUACCUUCAAGGUGCCCGCGGUAUCAAGUCAGCUGCCAUUGGUGGCUCCAUGCCGGUGCCUUCUUUGUUGAAGUACUGGAGAGAUGUACUCGGGUGUCCUCUGAGUGUCGCAUGGGGGAGUACAGAAACUGGAGGCGUUAUAACUCUAGCGGACCCUGAAACAUCUAUCAAUGUCGAGAGAUGUAUCGGCAAGCUUGUAAACCCAUCACAUACCAUGAAGCUUUCCGAGGGCGACCACGGAGCCGUCUUGCUCAAAGGCCCGUCAACCUUCAAGGGUUACUUCGGCAAUGAGCCUCCAUAUGAAGAAAUUGUCAACAAAGAUGGGUUCCACAUGACAGGUGACUCUGCCCAUCGAGUCGGCUACCACUAUGUUUUUGACGGCCGAGCAAAGAGUGACUUCAUCAAAGCUGUGGGUGGCCCUGUUCCGGUCGUGUACAUGGAGAACGCCAUUUCAAAGCUCCCAUACAUAGAGGAGGUUUACGUGCUACCGGUAGCCGACAAAGCCGUAGGAAGCAGAGUAGGCGUUCUUGCUCGAUGCUCAGGAUCCGAACUCACUCUGAAACGCCUCCGUGAGGACCUCGUGGAAAUUGUUCCCGCGUUUAUGCUUCCUACGGCACUUCGUGUCAUGAGGGCUGGAGAAGACAUUGAGCGAGGUCACUCCGAGAAACUUGCGCGGUUACCUACCGUGGAAAAGUUCUUUGGUUUGAAUUCAACUGCAGAGCUAUGGGAUUUAGGGUUUUAA